AUUUUGGAUAUUAAAGAAAAGAGAGAACUGAAGAAAGUGUAAGGUACUUAAAAGGUUUCUAUCCGAAUGACAGCGUUAAAAGGAUUAAAAUUUGGAUUGGAAGUGUUGUCUAAAGUAUGGUUUUUGUAUCUGGAAACGCUAUGAAAUUAUCAUCCCAAUUAUCGCCGGAUGAUGAGCCAAUUGAGCAAAAAUUAAACGUAAAUAUACCAAAAUCACCUUCGUUUCAUAGCGGUUUGGACUUAGUCGCUGGAAAUAAAUACGUAAACAUAUCAAAAUUUAAUUUCACAAACGAUAUGAAUGGAAAUAAUAAUAAAACGACCGCUGCUGAGCAGCAAUCAAGUCAGCAAACAAUUUUUUCAUUCACAAAGUUCUUUACACAAUCAAAUCCACUGAAUAAUUUAAAUAUAACAAGCAGUAUCGUCCCUCCACUGCUUCAAAGGCAGAAUUCUGCACCGCAAAAUCAACAACAACAGCAGCAUCAGCAACAAGCAACUCAAUAUAAUGAUAUUUACAAGAUAAAUAAUGUAAAUAAGCCUCCAAUGACAUCUUCAUCAGGCCAGCCAGAUUUACAGAGGAAAUAUUCAUUGCCAGUUAAUUCGAAACCGAUGCAUCCAAUGAUUCCAACGCCUCACAAUUUGGCACAACAAUUUCAUCCACCACCAAAUAUCGUCCGUAAACAAUCAGCACCAGCAAUUACGCCAUCUCAAUCUGUCCUACAAUCACAGUCACAGAUUCAACAAGGAAGUCCGAGUCGUGCAAGAGAUCGCAAUUUAUUUGAUAAAGUGUGCUUGAGUCAAGAUGUAACUCAAUUGCCGCUCCUGAAAGAAACUGAUGCCAACGAACGUGAAGACUUGUUCAUUAAGAAAAUUCGUCAGUGCUGCGUAUUGUAUGACUUUACCGAGCCUCUCGACGACUUGAAAUGGAAAGAGAUGAAACGAAAUGCACUGCAGGAAAUGGUAGAAUAUAUUAAUAAUAAUAAUGGUGUAAUAACAGAAGCUGUUUAUCCUGAAAUGAUACAAAUGUUUGCAAUUAAUCUCUUCCGAACAUUACCACCACCAAGUAAUCCAAGUGGGGCUGAAUUUGAUCCCGAAGAGGAUGAACCGACACUCGAGUCAUCGUGGCCUCAUCUGCAGAUUGUUUAUGAGCUGUUUUUACGCUUCUUAGAAUCGCCAGAUUUUCAACCAAAUGUCGCAAAACGUCACAUUGAUAGUCAGUUUGUAUUGAGAUGUCUUGAUCUCUUCGAUUCCGAAGAUCCACGUGAACGUGACUUCCUCAAAACGGUCUUGCACCGCAUUUAUGGAAAGUUUUUGGGACUUCGAGCAUUUGUUAGAAAACAAAUCAAUAAUGUAUUUUAUAGGUUUGUUUACGAGACAGAACAUCAUAAUGGAGUUGCAGAACUUUUAGAAAUUCUCGGAUCAAUUAUUAAUGGUUUUGCACUGCCAUUAAAGGAGGAACAUAAAGCGUUUUUGUUGAAGGCAUUGUUGCCAUUACAUAAAGUCAAAAGUCUAUCCGUGUAUCAUCCGCAGUUAGCUUAUUGUGUUGUACAGUUCCUUGAAAAAGAUCCAAGUCUGACGGAGCCUGUUAUUAAAGGUUUAUUGAAAUUUUGGCCGAAAACUCAUAGUCCAAAAGAAGUCAUGUUCCUCAAUGAAUUAGAAGAGAUUCUUGACGUCAUCGAGCCAGCUGAGUUUCAGAAAGUGAUGGUGCCACUAUUCACACAAAUUGCAAAAUGUGUAAGCUCUCCACACUUCCAGGUCGCUGAGCGAGCUUUAUAUUAUUGGAAUAAUGACUAUAUCAUGUCCCUCAUAACUGAAAAUUCAUCAGUCAUUCUACCGAUUAUGUUUCCCGCUCUUUACAACAACUCAAAAACACAUUGGAAUAAAACAAUUCAUGGGCUUAUCUAUAAUGCCAUUAAGUUAUUUAUGGAAAUGAAUCAUAAGCUCUUCGACGAAUGCAAUAGCAAGUUUAAGAAUGAAAGACAAUUAGAAACAGAACUUUAUGCAAAGCGAGAAGAGGUAUGGAAGGAGAUCGAAGAACUGGCACGGAAAAACAAUCCGAAAUUCGAGAGUCUAAUAAAUCAAAUGGAGUUCCUGUCAAUCUCCAAUCAGAACAACAACGAUUACAAUCUUAAUGAGGAUGACUACGCGAAUGAAAAAUAUGACCAAUAUUCAAAAGAUGCUCGCAAUUUGCGCAACAUGGACAAGCCUUUGUUAAGAAAGAAAUCGGAAUUGCCGCAAGAUUCUGGAGUUGCAAAAGCGCUUACUAAUUAUAAACGUGCUGAUGAAUUUCUCAAAACAACACCCGAUACAAAUAAAUGCUAGAAAAUAAUCUAGACAGCAACAAUAAUAAAUUAUAGAUAUAAAGAACAUUACUAACAAUUAUCCUCUCAACUUAUGAAAUAUCUCAAAUUUUUUUCUCCAUCCUUUCAAAUUCGUGUUCAACCUCAUCUUUUUACAAUACAUUACAAUAACUUCUUUUUGCAUAGGAAACAUGUUAACUGUAGAUAAUGCGAAAAUGAUUUUAAUUAUUAUUUUGUCUUCUGUAUUUUUUAGUCAUCAUAAAAGAAUUGUGGCGCACAUGUUUUCUAUUUCUAUACAUGAUUAUUAUAAAUAUUUUAAAAAUAUAAUGACGAUGAUGAAGAAUCGCAAUCUAGUAAUGGGGAU